AUGACUACCAAAGUUGCUUUGAUCACCGGAGGUGCCAGCGGCAUGGGCUUGGCCGUUACCCGGGAACUAUCCGCUCGCGGAGACUGGGUUGUGAACAUCCUCGAUAUCAAUGAGACCGCAGGAGCAAAGAUUGCUCAAGAGCUGCCCCGAGUCAUCUUCCACAAGGCCAAUGUGACCAAAUAUGGGGAGCUGUGUGAUGCCUUCCAAAAGUCCUUCUUAGACGGUGGUAACAGACUCGACUUCGUGUUUGCCAACGCGGGAGUGAUUGAACGUACCAAUUUCUACGCCCCGCAGCCACCCACUGAGUCGGUAGCACCACCACCUGAGCCAGAUCUUUUGCCGAUCGAUGCGGACUUGAAGGGAGUGGUGCUCACCACUUGGUUGGCACAGCACUAUUUCCGUCUGUCGCCUCACAAGGGCCGCGAUGCAAAUGUAGUGAUGACCGCCAGCUGUGGUGGGCUUUACCCCUCCUUUUACUCUCCCCUUUACUCAGCAGCCAAAUUUGGUGUCGUUGGGUUCAUGCGCUCGAUUGCAGCCAACUUCCGUGCCGACGGGAUGCGCGUUAAUGCCAUCUGCCCCGGCAUUGCACGCACUAACCUUGUUGACGAGAAAGGAUGGGAUAGCUUCCCCCCAAACCGUUUCGUCAAACUUGAGACUAUCACUCAGAUAGUGCUUCAACUAGUGGAUGGUGGUAGCCCCGCAGGCCAGGGUUUAACCGACACAUCCGGUAAAUCUGUCGCCGCGUCCAAGCUGUAUGGACUCGCAGUGGAGAUCUCAGACACGGGCUUCUAUUUCCGAGACCAGCAUGAUUUCUGUGACGAAGGAAUGCGUGAGGUCAUGGGAGCAACUGAGCUUGACAACCAAGUCGACGGUGUUCUAAAUGAGGAAGAGACAGUCGGUCAAAUCAGACGUUCUAUCUAA